GUCAUCAGCCUCGAGGGAUGGACAGACAUCAUGUAUUAUGUUCAAGAUGCGCAUUCCUUCUGGGACUUCACUUAUUUCGUUCUCUUAAUCGUCGUGGGUUCCUUCUUCAUGAUUAAUCUUUGCCUUGUUGUGAUCGCGACACAGUUUUCGGAAACAAAGAAACGUGAAAUGGAACGCAUGCGCAUCGAGCGUGCUCGGUACCAGUCUUCUAGCACCCUCGCCAGCACAAACGCAUCAGAGCCUUCUGGCUGCUACUCUCAGCUGUUCAAAUAUAUCGCCCACCUGGGACGUAGAGCAAGGAGGAAAUUCCUGCGCUUCUGCCGGAAGAGGAAAAGGGCUUCCAAAACUCUUGAGGAGCUUCCUUGCUCCAUCUCAUUGAGAAGACGCCCAAGAAGCGAUCGCCCCAAAUGGCAACCAGGCCAGAGUUCUAUGAAAAACAAUGGCUCAAAAUACACCUCAGAUUCGACUACAGGUGGAUUUAGUUCCUUGGAAGGAAAGCCAAACAGUCCCGUGGCCCCCUUUGCGAGCCCUGAGAUAUCUGAUAUCGACUUGGUGGCAUCACCCAGAGAAACGCAAAAUGACGGGCAUCAAAUUGUGUGUCCAUCCGUAGAAGUCACGCCUAGCGGUGUAACAGAUCCUGCCGUAAAAGAAGUGGUUCGAUCUCAGCCAAGCAAGCAAUCGACAACCGGCAGCAAGACAUCUCAAUAUACAUGUGCCGAAUUGCUUGCUAUUGGUGCCACCCAAGGAGCCGUCUUAGCUGGGUUCGGAAACAACUUUGCCAUGCAAAAUUUCUACUCCGGUCUCAACAGAGGCGAAAAGCAUCUUUCAGCACCCCAGCUGUUACUUUAUGCCCCCGAACAAGAGACAGAGGAUUCUAGACACAACACCAUAGACUGGUCAGAAACAGAAUCAGAUCUAGAUUACGAUGGAGUGGUUAGUAGCCAAAGUAGCUUCUGCAGGUGGUGGAGAGCGCAACAGGCGAAAGUCAAGUACCUCACGGACCACCGGUAUUUCCAGAGGGGCAUCCUCACGGCCAUUCUCGUUAAUACACUCAGUAUGGGAAUCGAAUACCACAACCAGCCAGAAGAAUUAACUCUAGCCGUGGAAAUCAGUAAUGUCAUCUUCACAGCCAUAUUUUUCUUGGAAAUGAUACUCAAGAUGUUCGCUGAAGGAUUUUGUUCCUACAUCAGUAGCGGUUUCAACGUUUUCGACAGCGUUAUCGUAGUUCUCAGCUUGGUGGAGCUUUGCCAAAGCAGCGGCAGCGGUUUGUCUGUUCUCCGAACAUUCAGACUCCUUAGGAUCCUGAAAUUGGUGCGCUUCAUGCCGGCACUCAGGAGACAGCUCAUCAUCAUGCUCAGGACCGUCGACAACGUGGCCGUUUUCUUUGCACUUCUCAUUCUCUUCAUCUUCAUCUUUAGCAUUCUAGGUAUGAAUCUGUUCGGAUGCAAAUUUUGUAAGAAAAUGCCGGACGGUGGAACCCAGUGCGAUCGUAAGAAUUUCGAUUCACUUUUAUGGGCAAUUGUCACCGUUUUUCAG